GGUUGGCGAUUGCUCAGUCAGUCGCUCUCCGAUUAUCGCCGCGCAAGCACACAAAACAGACCAGACCCCGAGACAGUGCCCAUCGGACCGGAACCGAUUGGCAUAGAGCGGAAUUUUUCGCGGUUACCUCCGAGCGCUAUCAAGGAUUCGACCGCAGCGAGAUAAGAAGACCAAGUGCCGCCAAGAAUAGAGGGAGAGAGAGCGAACCCAACUCGAAUUCACAACUUGAAUCUUCGGCAACAGGUUGACAGGGGGCUAUCCGUACUAUUGAUCGCCUAGGACUUUUGCUACAGCAGGAUGCAUCGCGCAAGGACAGCUCUCCAGCUCAUCGGCCAUCCGGCCGGCCAGCAGAGCUUCGGAUCCUGGUUGAUCCGAAACCCAUCGUCGAAGCUCACCGGUGAACUGGUGGCGGCUUCGUCAGUCAAACUAUACAACUCUGCUGCUGCCGAACCUUUCCUCAAUGGCUCGUCGUCAAACUACAUCGACGAUAUGUACAACGCCUGGCUAAGGGAUCCAGCUUCAGUGCAUGCGUCUUGGGAUGCGUACUUCCGUAACAACUCGUACGAAGCGCCACCAUCGCUGGCCCCGAUCCCACGAAAUCACGUUCCUGCAUCUCAGUACCUUGGCAGUGCCGUGCCGGCCCUGGCCGGUGGCAGCUCUGCCGUCGGUACCCGCAUCGAUGACAAACUGAUCGAUGACCAUCUGGCCGUGCAAGCCAUCAUCAGAAGUUACCAGAUUCGGGGUCAUAACAUUUCAAAACUAGACCCGCUCGGCAUUAGUAACGUGGACCUAGACGAUAGAAUUCCAACGGAAUUACUGUACUCGUCCUACCGUUUCGAUAAGCGGAUUCUCAUGAGCUUAGGUGAUGACGUUUAUCAAACUGUGUUGACGAUGAUUCAAAAGGAGGCCGACAUGGAUCGUGUCUUUAAACUCCCCAGCACUACUUUCAUUGGUGGUAAGGAAAAGUUCCUGCCGCUGCGUGAAAUCCUGAGCCGACUGGAACGUGCCUAUUGUAACAAAAUUGGUGUUGAAUUUAUGUUCAUCAACUCGCUGGAACAGUGUAACUGGAUCCGCGAGCGCUUCGAAACGCCCAACAUUAUGAACUAUACGAACGAAGAGAAACGGCUGCUGUUGGCCCGUUUGACGCGUGCCACCGGAUUUGAGGCUUUCCUGGCCAAGAAGUUCUCCUCGGAGAAACGUUUCGGUCUUGAAGGUUGCGAAAUUAUGAUUCCUGCUAUGAAGGAAGUUAUCGACGUUUCCACUCGGUUGGGCGUGGAGUCGAUCAUUAUGGGUAUGCCACAUCGUGGUCGCUUGAAUGUGCUGGCCAAUGUGUGCCGUAAGCCGUUGAACCAAAUCUUCACCCAGUUUGCCGGUCUGGAAGCCGCCGAUGAUGGCUCCGGUGAUGUCAAGUACCAUUUGGGUACGUACAUCGAACGUCUGAACCGCGUCACGAACAAGAAUAUUCGCCUGGCCGUUGUCGCCAACCCGUCUCACUUGGAGGCCGUCGAUCCAGUCGUGCAGGGUAAGACCCGUGCUGAACAGUUCUACCGCGGUGAUGGUGAGGGAAAGAAAGUAAUGUCCAUCCUGUUGCACGGUGACGCCGCUUUCUCCGGACAGGGUGUCGUGUACGAAACGAUGCAUUUGUCUGAUCUGCCGGAUUACACCACUCACGGUACGGUUCACAUUGUCGUGAACAACCAGAUUGGUUUCACCACUGAUCCCCGUCAUUCGCGCUCCUCGCCUUACUGUACGGAUGUGGCUCGCGUCGUGAAUGCUCCCAUUUUCCACGUCAACUCGGAUGACCCAGAGGCCGUGAUGCAUGUGUGCCGAGUGGCCGCUGAAUGGCGUGCCACAUUCCACAAGGACGUUAUUAUCGAUCUUGUCAGCUAUCGUCGCAAUGGUCACAACGAAAUCGAUGAGCCCAUGUUUACGCAACCUCUCAUGUACAAAAAGAUUCGCGGUAUCAAGCCGGUCUUGGAUAUCUACGCCAAUCAGCUCAUUGCCGAGGGAUGCGUAACGGCCGAUGAAGUCAAGAGUGUCAAGGACAAGUAUGAGAAAAUUUGCGAUGAAGCUAUGGAGCAAGCCAAGGUCGAGACUCACAUCAAGUACAAGGAUUGGCUUGAUUCCCCAUGGUCCGGAUUCUUCGAAGGCAAGGAUCCUCUGAAGGUUGCCCCAACUGGUGUUAUUGAAGAGACCUUAGUGCACAUUGGCAACCGUUUCUCCUGUCCUCCACCUAACGCUGCGGAAUUCGCUAUUCACAAAGGUCUGAUGCGUGUGCUGGCUGCUCGCAAGGAAAUGGUCGACAACAAGACCGUUGAUUGGGCUCUGGGAGAAGCUAUGGCCUUUGGAUCGCUGCUGAAGGAAGGUAUUCACGUGCGCCUCUCCGGACAGGACGUUGAACGUGGUACUUUCUCACAUCGCCAUCAUGUUCUACACCAUCAAACUGUCGACAAGGCCACAUACCGACCAUUGUGCCAUCUGUAUCCUGAUCAGGCGCCUUAUACCGUGUGCAAUAGUUCCCUCUCGGAAUUCGGUGUACUUGGCUUUGAACUUGGUUAUUCCAUGACCAACCCGAAUGCCCUGGUCAUCUGGGAAGCCCAAUUCGGAGAUUUCAACAACACCGCUCAGUGUAUUAUUGAUCAGUUCAUUUCGUCCGGUCAGUCAAAAUGGGUCCGCCAGAGUGGACUGGUGAUGCUGUUGCCGCACGGUAUGGAAGGUAUGGGACCAGAACAUUCGUCCGCCCGCGCUGAACGUUUCUUGCAGAUGUGCUCCGAUGAUCCGGACUACUUCCCACCGGAGUCCGAAGAGUUCGCCAUCCGCCAGCUGCACGACAUCAACUGGAUCGUGGCUAACUGCUCGACACCCGCCAACUACUUCCACAUCAUGCGCCGACAGAUUGCCCUGCCCUUCCGCAAACCGUUGGUGCUGUUGACGCCCAAGUCGCUCCUGCGUCAUCCGGAGGCCAGAAGCUCGUUCAGUGAGAUGACCGACGGAACCGAAUUCCAAAGAAUCAUCCCAGAUGCCUCCGCGGCUUCUGAAAACCCAACUUCGGUAAAGAAACUGAUCUUCUGCUCCGGAAGAGUGUACUACGAUCUCACCAAGGCACGCAAAGAGCGCAAACUGGACAGUGACAUCGCCAUCAGCAGAUUAGAACAGAUCUCACCCUUCCCGUACGAUCUGAUCAAGGCUGAGUGUGCCAAAUACCCGAACGCCGAGCUGGUGUGGGCCCAGGAGGAACACAAGAACCAGGGUUACUGGACGUACAUUGAGCCCCGCUUCGACACCGCAAUCAACUCGACCCGCGACCUCAGUGUGCAAGACAAGCUUGUGCUGCAGAAAACCGCCCAUGGAUUCAAUAUUUCCGAAGGAACCUUCAAUACGCCAACCGACGGUACAAGAGGUCGCAAGGUGAAAAUCUCAUCGAGACCACUUAGCUACGUGGGACGCCCAUGUUCGGCAUCGACCGCCACCGGAUCCAAGGCGCAGCACACCAAGGAACUGAAGAACCUGCUGGACAACGCGAUGGCCUUGUAAAACACCUAGAACAGCACGAAUAUGCUAAAUUCUCUACCCCUUUGGAAUACCAUCCAAUGGACUUAUUAGUAUCCUAAACCACAGUUUAAAAAACUACAACUUCUACUAGUACUACGUAAAGAUGAACUACAACACAAACAUAGAGAACUCACAUACAAACACACACACUUCGAACAGAGAAAACUUAAUGCUAUUAAUGCUACUAUCAUAUUUUGAUGGAACUCUGCUAUUUAGGAGAUAGGUAUUUAUUCGAAGCAGUAACCUGAAACAAAAUCAGUAAUACCUAUACGAAGUAGGGACUCAAGUUUGAUUUGUAAAGUUACAAGAAGGACUAUUUAUUUAUUGAAGUGUUUGCGCGGGAAGUAAUCGAACUUGUUUUAUAUUUCUUUGUCAUAUGAAUGAAGCUAAGCUACGCAAUCGCAAAGUGUAUAAUAAAAGUAUUUAUCGUUAGGAUGUUAGCGUUUAGUAGAUGAAAGACACUGUAGCUGCGUGUCGAAAAUUAUUUUAGAAAUUGAAACUGGUAGAACGGCACAAACAUACAGGGGCCGUACGUGCAUGUAUGAGAGCGGAUUCAUAUUAUCUUUGUAUAGGUGUGUUACAAGGAUAACGGGCUGAUUGUACGCCCCGGACGCUGUCCUUGAAUGGUUUUGUUCGAGGGGCUCUAACGGAGCCAACUGAUUUGAAGAUUCACUUUUUUGAUAAUGGAAAUAAAAAAAAAUCGUUUGAUAUUACUCUGAAGUUUUAGAACCCCAUACCUUACUUUACAUCGAGAUGUUUGAAAUGGAAAUGUAAGAAAAUGUGCUUAGGUAAACCUAAUAUUGCAACUUCCUAUUUUUUGUCCAAAGGUCUCAAGUAGUGCUGCACUUUGAUCUGUUUCGUAUUUUUAGUUACCCAUAAUUUCCUUGGCUUCUAGAAAAACUUAUUCUUAAGCUAAUGUAAGGAGAGUGAUGAUAAUGUCUAGGGUUUGAAACAAUAAAAAUGCGUAUCAAAUCUAAAACAGUCGUCAAUCUCCUUACAUUUUAUUUCUGGGUCGAAUUAGUUUAGUUUGAAAGUUAGAAAAUCGAAUCUAUUACGAUCAGCAGUUCUGUCUUACGAACAUUUUAUCUAGCGGCUUUCAUCCAAAUGAAACUUUAAACUAGUUUGGCUAAACAGACAAGUAGUUUCCUUCGUGAUCCUAACCCCAAAACGAACUAAUCCUUAUGUAGGUACGACAUAAAUGAAGUGUGUACAAACCGAACGUUGUGGUUAAGAAGUCUUUCGUAAAGUAUUAGUAAUGAAGUUGAUGGGUGUAAAAAUGAACUGAUUCACCUUCUGGCGAUUACUCGAUGGAGCCAACAACUAACGCAGAAAUAUAAAAAACGUAACCAGCAAUGGUGUGUGCUUAGAACGACUUGCAUAAACAUUUACUGCAGUUGUUUCAAAUAUUCACAUUGUGUUUCAAGUGAUUAUUACUUUUUAAUAAAAUAUUUUAUUUGACGGCGCAUCAAUCUUACAAUUCUAGGUUGUAAUUAUUUAUUUAUUUUUCAAGGUGUCCUACUACAUGUGCAAAUAUUCCACUAGGUCAUUUUUUAAAUUGCAAUGAACAAGCACGACGUUACAAAAAUCAAAAUAAAACACUGAAUAAAUUUA